CUCGCCUCGCCGCUCUACGCCGUCCACUCGCGCAAAGCUCUUCCUGCUUGCCGUCUGACUGUCACCAACUCUCGUGCCUGCUUUGUUACGAGUGCGCACACACUCGCAACGCUCUUCACCCCUUUGUACAUCGUGCGUUACUCGCCGAUCGUAUCCCCCACGUUUGCACAUCUGCCUCAAGACACCAUCUACGCCAGUAUGGAGUACCGACCGGACUAUAGCCACGAUCCCUAUGAAAGUGAAAGGACGCACUACCAUGGCGAUCCUCGGCCUCUCAAGCGACGUCUUUCGCCAGUCCAUCCUUUUUCAGGAGCUGAUACACACACUGCGGCGGCUCGCGGUCACUCUCCUUGGGGCCAGGAAGGCGGCGAAGAGGUUGUGAAUGGCUUUCGGAUCGACCCAACCCGCAAAGAUCCCGAAUAUCUUGACUGGAUAGACCGCCAGCGCGCCAAAGAAAGAGCUGCCGCCGCAGCGAGCCCUUACGACCGCUAUCCGCUGCGUGGAGAUGACAGAGAAAGACUGGACUGGGAGCGUGAAAGAGAUACACGAGAGUGGGAGCGGACACGGGAUCUCUACGAUGACCAGUAUCGCUUCGAUCCGAGGGUAGGCGGGGAUGGCGAAAGGUAUGCGCCGAAAGCGCGUGUGGAUGAUGAAUGGGACCGGACUUUGCGCUUUCAUGACCCCUACGCUGCAGGGUACGGGGGGCGUGGUUCAGCUGCCGGAAGCGGCCCUCGUGAGCCGGUCCGCUUCGACCCCUUCGCUUUCGACUACCUGCUGCCCUUUAAGCGCUUUGCGCAGAUGUUGCGGGAAGCAGCAGACCCAAUCGCUGCCUCUAACACGCCGCAGGCCAGUGCAGAGCUUUACGAGAAGUACCAAAAGUAUCGAACGGACUUUCAGCGCAAAGCAAUGCAACGCUUCUUCAAGGAGCACAACAAGGACUUUUGGUUUGAGGAGAGAUACGGACUCGCCGUCGUUGAUGUGCAACGUCGACUGGAUCGAAGGAGGAAAGGCAGAGAGGGUCGCAAAGAAAGGUGGUUGGGAGAACUUCGGAGCGGGUCGCUCGACAAGGUGGAUUUCGAGCUUAAGCCCGCGUCUUCGCGCGCCCUUGAGGGCAUCCCAGGUACUCUCGAGGAGAACGAAAAGAAAGGUUGGCUCAUGUCGACUUCGCGCUUGGGGCAAGAGGAGGUGCUGCUUGAUACGGAGCAAGCAAGCACACCUGCGCAACCAAAUGAGGUGCUGCUACGAGUCAUUCCACACGACUUGCCGAGGACCCUGCUGGAAGAAGUGCUACAGGAACAAGUCGGCUUCAGGUACUUGGCGGUAGGGGAACCGCAUCCAGGCAAAAAGUGGGGCAGGAUGGGCUGGGCAGUGUUUGAGCCGGAGUCUGACCUUCACGCGAUCACCGAAGCUCUCAAUGCGAAGACAAUCAAUGGCAUCAAACUCGCCUUCGAGACCACGGAUCGUGCCCCACACGCUCGGUUGCGCAUCGCGCCUGCUCAGGCUUCCAGCCUUGCUCGGCUGGCGCACGAUCUUCGGCAAGCUCGAGAGCUCGUCAGCUUCUUGCAGAAGCAAGAUCGAGAGCUUGAAAGGCGUCGCGCUGAGGAUGCGGAGGAUCAGGCUACCGGCGCAGCGCAAGAAUGGCUCGAUACUGAUGCUUCAGUCGAGAUCGACGCGCGAUGCGAGGCAAUUGGCAAAGGGCUUCAAGGACGCAGUGCGCACGACAUUCAGGAAGAUGCCAAAGCCCAGGAGGUUCAUGAUGAUGAAGAGGCUUCUAAGCCUCUGCGCGAUGCUCUGUGCAAACACCUUGAUCUGCACUUAGAUCUCCUCCGUCAGGUCUACCAUUGUGAUUACUACGCAAGCAUCAUUUGCGACUUUGCCGAAGAGCUCGUGAGGCGAUCACCCAAACAUUUGCGCAGAACACGCGCGGUCUCCACGCAGGUGGAGAAAGGCUGGGGCGAGGCACUCGAUUCGAAACAUUGGCUGCUCGUGAAUCCAGACAAGGCGAACUUGGAGUCCUAUGGUGGCCAUGAUGUGCCGGAAGAGCUCUUGAAGCUGGCAGCACCUUACUCGCAGCAAGACGAAGGCGAAAAGCACCGUUGCGUCGUACCCAUCACGGGCCCGGACGGCGGCACUCAGCAGUGUAGCAAACCUUUCAAAGCAGCCAAUUUUGUCCGGAAGCACGUGGUCAAUAAGCACAGAGCAUUCCUCGACGACUUUGCCGGCGAGAAGAUCAAAGAAAUGGAAGCCUUCAAUUCAUACGUCGGAGAUCCUGGCCGGGUAAUGCCGGCACUCCAAGCCCGAGACGAUCGCGGGCGGACUGGCCGCGGGCAUGCGAGGGGUGAUCUAGGAGGUUCAGGUCAACUCGCGCAGCGGCUUGGAGGCAUUUUGGGCGGUUUUGAGGAUUCAUUCCCAUCCCACGCCCCAGCCGGCAUCCAUGGUGGGCCGCUCAUCCGGCUGGGCGGCAGCACAAUGGCCUCUGCAGAUGUUGGCGGACGUGCGAUUCGCGGCUUUCCGAGAAGAUCGGAGUCUUACGUAGACGAACGGUACGCCAAUGGUGCAUUGGCGUUCUCGAACGGCGCUGUAGGAGAUCUGAGCUCUAGGCUUGGGCCUCCUAUGCCUCAGCCAUCGAAGCCGAAUAGCAGCCCUCCCACCGGCACCUUCCCGGCGCCGCUACCUCCCGCCCCCAAGCCUCUCGAUCCCAGGGCGCGCAGAGCUCCGAACAAGUACGAAGACCUAGACAGCGCUCCCGGCGGGGCUGCGGAAGAGGCCGGCGAAUUGAUUUUGGAGUAUUAAAAGAGCGAUAGCACAGCAAAGUCGCAGAACGUACGAGGAGCCAUGGUGUAUCAUGAACGCCUUUGCGACACCACUCUCACGCUCAAAGGUGCCGAUUCCAUCGCAAUUUCUAUCCAUUCACUUUGAUGCC